AUCAAACUAAUUUCAAGUAAUCCGUGCUCCAAACACCUCCGACUUUGGGAGCUGCACCAGAAAUUCAUCAAGGAUACCUCUCCGAUUUCUUCGAUGAUAUGAACGACAGCAGUCGUAGUUCCAUGGAUACCGACAUGGAAAUACAGAAGUUGCCAGUGAAACGGCACUUGCCGGUGACCAAAGGCCAUGGGUGUGUUAAAAAUAAGUGCCGCCGAAAUCUAGACGAGAUGUCCAUCCAACAGUUUUCCGACUCAUCCUCUCAGUCGGAGGGCGAUGGCGAGGAGGACUCCAAUGAUGCCGACGACGAGGAGUAUCAGCAGCCCGAGUGGACGGGUCGCAAAAGGCCGCCGCUGGUCUAUCUCGAGUUGGGCGAUAAAAUCAUUAUCGUUAGGAACGAGCCACAGCCCAACGUCAAGCUGGAAGACGAUGUGCAACUUAAAACGAAGAUGCACAAAUUUUUGGGUCUGAUACCAUCACGCCGCAAGCUCUACAAUCCUGCGGUGGUUUACGAUAUGAAGCCGGAGGAUAUUGAGAAUAUCAAUUGUGUCGUCAAUUCAUCCCAUGCGUCCGCAGAGCCAUUUACUCCAUCAGCCGAGCAACCAAUUCGUCCGAAAACAAUGAUGACAUCCACUUGGUCAAAGCUUAAUUUGUCGAAUAUCGAUGAACCGACCCCUGAGGAGAGCCAGGCUAAAAGCAAAAAUGACUUUGAGCUCUGGUCCAUUGCAUUCUCCUUUGAUCAGUGCACCCCGGACUUGCAUAAGGAGCCCAUUGAUCUUAUCGAUUUACCCAACGAAGAGCAGUUGGCCGCCAACUGCCGACGUCACAAAAGCAGUGUGCCAUGCCUGGAGCGGCAUCCAAAGUUCUACGGAUUCGUUCGUUCGCUCAGCCCUUCGAUUUCGCUCAAUAUGUGCCAUCCACUGGCGCUCACCUACAGGCAAAACAAUUUCAAAAUCUGCAAGGUGGCACUGGCCAAAGUGCUGUUCAACAUCUUCAACCACGCGAUCUUCCACUGUGGCCUUCAGGUGCCCAUUGUUUGGAAGCACGCAAUGCACACGCGAUGCACAUGCCAGCUGACCGUCGAUGCCCAUGGUAAGCGCAGAGCCAAGAUUCUACUUCUGCGGAGUAUAAAGACUACGGCGGAGCUAAUCCGCUGCCUGCUGCACGAGAUGUGCCACGUGGCGGCAUUUGUGUUCAAUCGGGAGUUGGGUCACGGCGACAAUUGCCGCAGGUGGGCCUACCAGGCGAAGAUGGCCCUGCCGGAGGCACCCACCAUCGAGGACAACUGCAUAGAUAGCUUCAAGUACACCUGCACUAUGUGCACCCGAUGCUCCUACGGCGUGGCCGACUUGAGCAUGCAGAACCUACGUUGCUACUACUGCCAGUUCGAGGUGAGCGUGAAGAACGUUUGGAAGUCAGAGAUGUACGAUUGGACCCGGUCAGAUCCGACGAUGACACCGUUCAAGUGCUUUAUUUGGGACAGGUACUUGCAGCUGGGCGAGCAGGGAGCCAACACGCACUCCACGAAUAUGGCGUUGCUCAACGAGGAGUUCAUGAGACUGAACUCCACAAUGGAUUAGAAUGCAGCGACUUUGCUGCUGGCAUAGAAUUUUAAGUAUAUAUUUUGUAUAGGAUAGGAGUGACUUAACCACAAAAUCCCAUUAGAAUACUAAUUCAAAUCCCAUAGUUUUGUUAACUUGUUAAAUUAUUGUUUCUUUGUUUCUCUUGUUUUCUGUUACCAGUUAAAUAAAAUACACAACUAUUAAAU